AUGUCUUACGAAUCUUCUAUAUCCAAACUCCCUUCCCCACUGAAAGAUCUCGUUGCGACUUCGCAAGCAGAUGUCGGAAAGACUGAAGCUGACAAGGCUGAAGUAGCGCAGUGGAUUGAGAAAGUUGCUGAAGGAGAGGUCGCUCUUCCAGAUCUCGAGACCCAACUUGUCCCUCGCACAUAUAUUGUGAGCAACUAUCCUCACCUGCAGCAGAUGUUGCUCUAUAUGGAGCGCUGCACCCAGUCUUUUUCACGCGUUACUUCGACCACAUUCAAACGCGACCAUCUGUACUUGCUGCGGCAAGUGCACUGUCUCCAGCAUUUUCUUCUGUUUCCUUUGACUUCGCGUCUGCCCCUUCCAAUUGAGAGGAAAGUGGAUGCACCGAAGAAGAAGGAGAAGGCUGCAGCUGUGGCGGAGCAGGUUGAACCGACAGCUGUAGCAGAUAAACCAAAGGAAAAGAAAGAAAAGAAGAAGGACACAGCCGCUGCGGACAACGGAGGCAAGAAAAAAGAGAAGGCUUCUGCUCCUGCUGGUGGCAAGGCUGUUGCUGAAGAUGCCGGUGAACCUGUGCCUUCAAUGAUUGAUAUGCGGAUCGGUCACAUUAUUGACGUGAAAAAACACCCCGAGGCUGACAGUUUAUAUAUUGAGCAAAUUGACCUCGGUGAGGAGACUGGUCCACGAACAGUUGUUUCUGGUCUCGUGAACUACAUACCUAUCGAAGAAAUGCGAGAUAAGUACCUGGUUUGCAUUUGCAACUUGAAACCUGCGAACAUGCGUGGAGUGAAGAGCUUUGCGAUGGUCCUAGCUGCAACAUCAAAAGAUGGGAAGGACGGUGGCGUCGAGCUUAUCCAACCUCCACCAGGCUGCAAAGCCAGGCUGAACGGGUACGCCCAGCCGUUGGCUCAAAUGAACCCUAAGAAAAAGAUAUUCGAAACAAUUCCAACCAGAUUGGGUUUCUCAGGAUUCACGACGCUAAAUACAAGGGAGGCAGCGUGGAUCAACCCGGUAACCAAAUCAGUUCACAGGAUCCGUACCAAGGACGGUAUUUGCGUUGCUCCGAACUUCGUUGGAGCAUCGUUAUCAUAG